AGAGAGUGUGUGUGCAAGCAGAAUGGCUUCAUCUCAAGGGAAGACCGAUCUGCAAUUCGCAGACUGGAUGGCAAGUUUGCCAGAAAGGAUCCAUGCUGUUCCCCUCACCAGUUUAGCUAUUCCAGGUUCUCAUGAUUCUUUUAGCUUCUACAUUGAUGAAGCAUCUCCAGUUGGACCUGAGCAACCAGAAACUGUCCAGAAUUUUGUUUCAGUGUUUGGUACUGUUGCCAAAAAGCUUAUGAGAAAAUGGUUGGCUACGCAAACAAUGAAUUUUACAAGUCAGUUAGAGGCAGGCAUAAGGUAUUUUGAUUUCCGAAUUUCAACAAAACCUAGAGACCCUGAUAAUGAGUUAUAUUUUGCUCAUGGCUUGUUUAGCGCCAAAGUUAAUGAAGGUCUAGAAGAAAUAAAUGCUUUUCUUUCUAAUCACACAAAAGAAGUUGUUUUCUUGGACUUCAAUCAUUUCUAUGGCAUGCAAAAAUAUCAUCAUGAAAACCUGAUACAAAUGCUCAAAGACAUAUUUGGGAAUAAAACAUGUCCAGUUUUAUUCGAUCAGGAAGUGAGUCUUCAAUAUCUCUGGCAGAGGAAUUAUCAAAUUUUGGUGUUUUAUCACAGUCCUGUGGCUCUCGAAGUUCCUUUUCUAUGGCCAGGGCAAAUGAUGCCAGCUCCUUGGGCAAAUAUUACAGACACUAAAAACCUGAUUCAGUUUCUGCAGUCAUCAAUCAUAGAACGGAGAAAGAAAGGCUCAUUUUUUAUAUCUCAGGUGGUACUAACACCAAAGGCUAGUACAGUGGUUAAAGGAGUUACUAGCGGUCUCAGAGAAACCAUAACAGAAAGAGCUUUGCCUGCAAUGAUGCAGUGGGUUCGGACACAGAAGCCAGGCGAUAGUGGAAUCAAUAUUGUUACUGCAGAUUUUGUAGAACUAGGUGAUUUUAUCAGCACUGUCAUAAAACUUAAUCAUCUUUUGGAAGAAGAGGAUUGCACAACUUGA